AUGUCGUCCCGGGAGAAAAGGAGGAAGAGGGAGCCGUCGCCUGAAUCGAAGCCGACGUUUCAAUCUUCGUCUCCGAUUCCGUCGCUUCCGUAUGAUUUGGUAUUACUCUGCGUGGCACGAGUCUCAAGGUUAUACUACCCGACUCUCUCCCUCGUCUCGAAGAGGUUCCGAUCUCUGGUAUCAUCACCGGAGCUUUACAAGACGAGGUCACUCUUUGGAUUUACAGAGAGUUGUAUCUAUGUGUGCUUACAAACUCUUGGUGUUACCACUGACUGGUACACCCUCUGCCUGAAACCUAAUCAUAAUAUUAAUAAAACUCUUAAAAAAACCAAAACCGGAUUAAGUGGUUACGCUUUGGCUAGAGUCCCUGCUCCCACGCGCUUUGGUAGUGUGGUGGCAGUUGGUUCUAAUAUCUACAACAUUGCCUUUCCCCACGGAGUCUCGAUAAUGGAUUGCAAGUCUCAUAGUGGGUGGAUCGAGGCAACUCCAAGUUUACCGGUUGAGCUCCAUUCAUGUUCCGCCAGCGUCGUUGAUCACAAGAUAUAG